AGUAGAGAAAAUUCCGCUAAAAGUGCUCGAAACAGAAAAAGGAGAAAAAACAACGAGGAGUGGAAAAUAGAAACGCCCAAAUGGUGGGCAAAAAGAAGUAGUAGAAAAUAAAAGCGGCGAAAAAAAGAUACGACCUCAAUCGGUCAGUAGUGUCGCCAACCGUUCGCGCAGCCCACGUUCGGUCACCAGUCGGCCAGUGGAAUUCGAAGAUAUCGGUUAAUAUUCCGUAAUAAGAUUUACCCAUUUGUGCCUUUACGCGGUGUAGUCGGGUGUCUAGUGAAAGCUUGCAGCAGCAACAGCUGAAAACAAACUGUCCACAGCCUUGGCGGGUUGUCGAUUGAACGGUGCGAGUGGAAAAAGUUGAUCGUUAACGAUCCGGAGCCAAUCAAUACCGAGCAGAGCAGUGUGCCGGACGCCGCGUCGCCACCGCCGCACACGGAACAGGGGCAUCUUGGACACUUCGUUGCCUUAGGUUUUAACCGGCGCGACCAGCCCUCUAACGAGGUGAAAAUUUCGGAGGCCAUCACAUCGGCUAGCGCGCGAUCAAGAUGGAGGUGCAGACCGCGCUGGUGCUGACGAUCCAGCUGAUCGCCCUGUUCUCGAUAGCCGGCGCCCUGCUGCUCUAUCUGCUGUGCAAGGUGCGCGGCACCCGCGACGAUCAAACUGGCGUCCAGAAGGGAUCGAUCCUGGUGACCUGCGCGGACACUGCCCUCGGCUUGCAGAUUUGUACGUUUUUCGCCAGCAAGGGACACCGGGUGUUUGCGGGUAUGAAGGACCCCGUGGAGUCGCUGCCCGCGAAGCUGCUGCGCGGCUGGAUGAAGAUGCGGGAAAACUCGGACGCCCCUGUCAGUGGUUCGGUGGUGCCGAUGAAGAUCGACGUGACGCGUGAGGAUGUGCUGCGGGAGGCCGCCGAGUCGAUGGGAGCUCAUCUGAACGCCGGGGAGCGAGGCAUCCUGGCCGUGAUCAAUACGGCCGGUUCGGUGUACCGCGGGCGCAUCGACUCGCAGGACUCACUCCAGUGGGAGAACAUGUUCAAGAACAACGUGAUGGGCUGCCUGCGGACUGCCAGGGCCUUCAUUGGACUGCUGCGGCCCACCCGUGGCAGGCUCAUUCUGCUCGGCUCCGGCAACGAUGACGACGGGUUGACCGUGUUCAUGGCGACCCGGAACGCAGUCCAGGGAUGUGCCGAUGCGCUACGCAAAGAGCUCAGACCUUACGGCGUUAGUGUGGUGACACUAGACUCGCACGGAGUGCCGGCAGAGUCACUCUUCAAGGCACCGGUCCCGUACACAAUCUCCGACGAGGAAGGCGUUCCGACGCAAUACAGCGCCGAUGUUUUGACCACUUCCGCCCUGGGAGUCAUCGAGCGGGCGCUCUACGACAACCGUCCCAGUGAGACCUACUGUCUGUCGGUGCCAAACAGCAAGUUCCAGAUGAAGCUGCCCUGUCGGUCAUCGUUGAAGAUUUCCGCCAACCGCACGACGAACCCGAAACCGAUACAGAGCGUCUGAGCGUCCGGGCCCGGACCAAUUUGGAGCAAGGAACGAACAAAACGAACACAUACGCACUAACUCGAAGUUAGUCUCCGCUCUGGUCCACGCCAACGCGACGCCACGGGACGAGUCGACGGGGACCGUGGACAGAUUUCAGAAUUUCUUUGUGCCUUUUCGUUUGCCUUCUUCCGUUUCGCUAGGUUUGAAGCAUUGGAACGUGUCAUCUUUACUCACGCUCGCGUCUGCUGUCUCUCGUUUCGAUCGUGAACGCGACCGGCCGGUUUUUGAUAGUGCCUAACGCUUUAAAGUGGGACUCAGGGCUCAG